AUGAAAGCCACGCCAGGCCCUGGCCUUCCUUGCAAGAUGCCCCGUCCCAUGCCACGCCACGCCAUGCCAUGCCAUGCCUAUGCCAGGUACCCGUACUCCGUCUCGGGCCCCAAAAAGCAAGCCAAACGGGUAUCCUUGCUCCAUGCCGAUAAUCAGUUGUUGCCCAGAGGCGAAGGCGAGGAACGCAACAAGAUCAAAACUAGAGCCGUGCCGUGGCUUCUCGCCGGUGGUGCGCACUGCCUGACUGCGCAAGCCUUGGUGUGGCGGCAGAGAGAGCGAGAAAGAGUCAGGUCUCAACGUCUCAGCGCAUUCGGUCUCCUUUUGCCUUUCAGGGAGAGAGUGACUGAAAUGAUGAAAUGCCCUAGCCCGACCAACCUGGUUUUCUGCCAGCACUUUACUGUUGAGGCCCAACCAACAUGGUUCAUGUCUGCACAACUGGCGCGACCCGGGGAGGAAAUUCAAUGGCGAAGCGGCCAGAAUCGCGGCCUUGGAAAGGAAAGAGAUGGGUCUGCGAUGACUGCUUCCCGGUACAUUGGGCUGGUCCACUCAUGGAAGCAUGAGAAAGAGUACUUCCUACAGGGCUCCUCAUGUAACAGGGCACCUGCACCGCAUCGCCGGUACGGAUACACUGUGUCUACUCCCAACCAAGGUAACUUCUAUCCCACAAGAAGGACCGCCGAAAUCGAAGAUGGGGAAAGGGAGAGAGUACGCAGUACGCACUACGCAGCAGAGAAAGAUACUUACCUUGAGCCUGGUGCCCCGUUCCUUUUGCCGGUACGUAUCGCUCCGUCCGUCCUCACCUUAGGCUCACCGGAACACUUGGUUUUCGUCCCCGUCUCCAUCUUUGCUAGCAGCUUGCGGCUUGCCCUUCUGCUUGUCUCCUGCUGCGCAUCUGCACUGACGGUUGUCGCCCCUACCAGGGUCUUCCUGAGAUACCACGGAGAGCAGGGGUCAUUGGCCUCCAGGGGUGCACUCUAUCCGACCAAUUCAUCCAUCCGUCCACCCAUCCACGCAUACAUGAAUGGUGACGGACGACUGGCGGACGAGCCUCGACGUUGCUUCCAAUCCACGCUUCUACUUCCACCUCCAGAGCCUUUACUCAAACGUAGCGCCUGGAGAGAACCCUUGUUCUACCUGCUGCCGACCUGUCAUUCUGCCGCGAUCCUUAGCGCAUGUUUUCGCUGCAACCCGAUUCAAAACGCUGCUGUCGCAUGCUUUGCCAAAGACUUUCUGUUUACAUUCAUCGGAGCCGGUGCUGCGUUGGAGGGGGAAAUCGCAUUCAGGAGGAAAAGGGAAAAGAAUAGAGAGUCUGGAUGCUUUUGCAAGCUUGGUUCCCGAUAUCCCUUCACACGCGAAGAGAGAGGGGGGAAAAAACUUGCUCGCUUGCCAAACUUGCUGCACACCCUCUCUUUCGCUUUCUCGUCUCUUCUUCCGCCCAUUCUUGCUUAUUGUUGCAAGGCUCUCCCAUCUUUGCAUUCUGAUGAGGGCUGCACGUCCCGUCUGACUCUCACGACUCGGACGGGUGUGGGCUCUAGCUGCGGGACAAACCGAAGCAGCAAUGUGAACGAAGGGUCGCAUUAUACGGAGGCAUCCAUGCCGAUGGUUCUCGGUGAUUACAACUUUGCCCAGCCUGACAGCACCCAUAUGCUGCUAUUGUCCAUGUGUGACUGUCCGACUCAAGAUGCUGAGCGUCAAUCCUACUGCCUCGUACAUUCCAUCCCUUGGUUCCUCGAGCAGCUUGGGCGGGCGGCCGGCGACGACGACCCGGGCGUGUCACACUUCUCCCUGCCGUGCUCCUCAUUUCGGGAGGGGAAUGGUAACAGCGAUCCGUUGCCCAUCGUCACGCCUCCUCGCGUCGCUGAGCCCGUGCCCUCUCGUUCCCAUUGCUUCGCUUCAAAAAUUUCUUCCCAGCUGUCAUUCGGGGACAGCUUGUCGGGCAAGGAAAAAGGCGUGACCAAAAUUUCUGUUCAUUUGCUUCUUAUAUGCGGAAUUGGUGCUAUUACGCCGGACACGAGGAUAGAGGCGGCUAGAUCCAGCAUGUUCCGUCAAGAACCAAUCCAUGGCAUGCAACCAGCCAUUUCCCAGUUCAUUUUCGAGGCUAGUACCCACGUUUUUGCAUUUUGCACCCUCCCAGAGCCGACCUUUCGCGUCCCCUUUGGCCAGUUUGUUGGCGGGAAUCAGAUCAAUGGCUCUGUCAAAUUCACGCAACCUGGAAACCUCGUUCUACCACAGAAUAGGGAGGUUCUGCGCGCCGUGGCACACUCGGGAACGGGGACAAGACAACCGCUGACAGUGAAUCGACUGUCGACCACGCUGCAGUGUAAUGUUGAACCUGCAGGUUCCAGAAAAGUUUAA